AUGCAGUCUCAUAAACGAGGAUUCGACACACAAUUUAGUGUACGACAGAAAAUUGUUGAACUUUACAUAAAUGGGCUGUCAUGUAGACAAAUUGCACAACAAACUGGCGUGUCAAAAAGUACUGCGAAUAAUAUAUGUACUAAACUUAUUACUAGCGGUGAUGUUUCAGCUGGGAAGCACGGACGAAAACACGGUAACAGAACAUGCUUGACUGAUAAUAUUUUACAGCAUAUUGAAUUUUAUAAACGUCGACAACCUAGUAUUUAUCUGCGUGAAAUUCAGUUAAAGUUACGCCAAGAUAAUGUGUGCCUCGAUGUCCCCAGUUCAUCCACGGUUUACCGGGGACUUGUUCACCACCUAAACAUGACGAGGAAAAGGUUAAAAUCUGUUGCUGCAGAGUCAACGACUGACAUUAACGAACAACGAAUGCUUGAUUUUAUCGACACCAUUUCUGAUUUUAGACCAGAACAGCUGCACUGGUUUGACGAGGCGUCUGUCAUUCGUACUACUGGAAACCGGCGUUACGGGCAUGCAGAAAUUGGUAAACCGGCGAUAGAAAUACAGCGGUUUGCGUCGAAUGUUAAUUACACAAUAAACCUGCUUACAAGUAUAUUUGGUGUCGAAUAUUCUGAUAUCAUUGUUGGACCUUCCAAUGCUAUCGAAAUGAUGAACUUUUUUUUUGAAGCAGUCAAUGUAGAAGACCACGUUGGAAAUCGUUGUUUGGCACCGGGAGAUUGUGUAAUCAUGGAUAAUUGUGGUUUUCAUCACGCCAGGAUUGUCGAACCUAAUUUGGAACAUUUAUUACAACAGCAAGGAGUGCGCCUAAUUUUUCAACCACCAUACAAUCCCGAGUAUAAUAUCUGUGAACAAUGUUUUCGGUCUAUAAAAUCGUAUUUGCGGGGAAACCAGGAAUUUUCGUAUAGAUUUACUGAGUUUGCUAUAGCAGACGCCAUUGGUCACAUCACGCCUGGGGCAUGUCAAAUUUUUGCUAGAGAAAGUGGUUACGAGUGA